AUCUCGCGGGAAGAAGGAAGCUGGAGCCCUGCGCUUAGAAAUCACUAUGGUGACGAGCAGGUCAGGAAGCUUCUUGAAAACUGGUCGCUGGUCUACUUGCAGUCGCCGCUGCUUUCUUGAAACUUGAGGUGUGAUCAAAAAUAUGGUGAAUGCUGCUGCAGAGUGCCAUCCAGUGGAAAGGCCGGCUUGGAAAAACAUUAUGUGAAUACAAUCAAGUGGCAACUUAAAAUUUUACUGGAAGUGGAGACAUGAGACUGAAGAUAUCUCUUUUAAAAGAACCAAAGCAUCAAGAAUUAGUAAGCUGUGUGGGCUGGACUACUGCUGAAGAACUGUAUUCAUGUAGUGAUGAUCACCAGAUAGUGAAGUGGAACUUGUUAGCCAGUGAAACAAGUCAAAUAGUAAAACUCCCUGAUGAUAUUUACCCUAUAGAUCUUCACUGGUUUCCAAAAAGUUUAGGCACAAAGAAACAGACUCAAGCAGAAAGUUUUGUUCUCACAAGUUCUGAUGGUAGAUUUCACCUGAUUUCUAAGUUAGGAAGAGUAGAAAAAAGUGUGGAAGCUCACUGUGGAGCAGUACUUGCAGGAAGAUGGAAUUAUGAAGGAACAGCAUUAGUUACAGUUGGAGAAGAUGGACAAAUAAAAAUUUGGUCAAAGACUGGAAUGCUUAGGUCAACUUUAGCUCAACAAGGAACACCAGUGUAUUCAGUAGCUUGGGGCCCUGAUUCAGAAAAAGUUCUUUAUACAGCAGGAAAGCAGCUGAUUAUUAAACCUCUUCAACCGAAUGCUAAAGUUUUACAGUGGAAAGCUCAUGAUGGUAUUAUUUUGAAAGUUGAUUGGAACUCAGUCAAUGAUCUUAUUUUAUCUGCUGGUGAAGACUGUAAAUAUAAGGUAUGGGAUAGUUAUGGCCGUCCAUUGUACAGUUCACAACCUCAUGAACAUCCUAUAACCUCAGUUGCUUGGGCUCCUGAUGGAGAAUUAUUUGCUGUUGGAUCAUUUCAUACUUUACGCCUGUGUGAUAAAACUGGGUGGUCAUAUGCUUUAGAAAAACCUAACACUGGAAGCAUAUUUAAUAUUGCCUGGUCAGUUGAUGGCACUCAGAUUGCUGGAGCCUGUGGAAAUGGCCAUGUUGUUUUUGCACAUGUGGUGGAGCAACGUUGGGAGUGGAAAAAUUUUCAAGUGACCUUAACUAAAAGAAGAACCAUGCAGGUUCGGAAUGUUCUUAAUGAUGCAGUGGAUUUAUUAGAAUUUCGUGAUAGAGUCAUUAAAGCAUCUUUGAACUAUGCACACUUAGUUGUUUCAACUUCUCUUCAGUGUUAUGUGUUCUCUACGAAAAACUGGAAUACACCACUUAUAUUUGAUCUCAAAGAAGGAACUGUUAGUUUAAUUCUACAGGCAGAAAGACAUUUUCUUCUUGUUGAUGGUGGUGGUGUCUAUUUAUAUUCUUAUGAAGGGCGGUUCAUUUCUUCUCCAAAAUUUCCUGGAAUGAGAACAGAUAUUCUGAAUGCACAGACUGUGUCUCUGAGUAAUGAUACUAUAGCAAUAAAAGAUAAAGCUGAUGAAAAAAUAAUCUUUCUCUUUGAGGCAUCAACUGGAAAACCGCUAGGCGAAGGGAAACAUCUUUCUCAUAAGAAUGAAAUUUUGGAAAUUGCUUUGGACCAAAAAGGACUUACCAAUGAUAGAAAAAUUGCUUUCAUUGAUAAAAAUAGAGAUCUCUAUAUAACUUCUGUAAAACGAUUUGGGAAGGAAGAACAAAUUAUCAAACUUGGAACAAUGGUGCAUACUUUGGCCUGGUGUGAUACAUGCAAUAUUCUUUGUGGACUUCAGGAUACCCGAUUUACAGUGUGGUAUUAUCCAAAUACAGUUUAUGUGGACAGAGACAUUUUGCCUAAAACACUAUAUGAAAAGGAUGCAAGUGAAUUUAGUAGAAAUCCACAUAUUGUGAGUUUUGUUGGAAAUCAGGUAACUAUAAGAAGAGCGGAUGGCUCCCUGGUACAUAUCAGCAUAUCACCAUAUCCUGCUAUUCUCCAUGACUAUGUAGGCAGUUCAAAAUGGGAAGAUGCUGUAAGGCUUUGUCGCUUUGUUAAGGAGCAAACUAUGUGGGCUUGCCUAGCUGCGAUGGCAGUUGCUAAUCGAGAUAUGACUACUGCAGAAAUAGCUUAUGCAGCCAUUGGUGAAAUGGAUAAAGUUCAGUACAUCAAUUCUAUGAAAGAUCUUCCAUCCAAAGAAUCAAAAAUGGCCCACAUACUACUGUUUAGUGGGAAUAUACAGGAGGCUGAAAUAGUACUUCUUCAGGCUGGCCUUGUUUAUCAAGCAAUCCAGAUCAAUAUUAAUCUGUAUAACUGGGAAAGGGCACUGGACUUGGCUGUAAAAUACAAAACACAUGUUGAUACAGUUCUUGCUUACCGUCAAAAGUUUUUAGAAACAUUUGGUAAAAAGGAAACGAAUGAACGAUAUUUGCAAUAUGCAGAAGGUCUCCAAAUAGAUUGGGAGAAAAUCAAAGUCAAAAUUCAGAUGGAAAUUACUAAAGAACGAGAGCGAUCAAGCAGCCAGUCCAGCAAGAAUACAAGUCUAAAGCACUAAAUAUCUUGCCAACUUUUAAGAAAAAUGUAAAUUAAUUCUGAUUAACCAAAGAUAAGCAUGUUUUGGUUUUAAAAGAAAAAGGCAUAAUUUUACUUAUAAGUACUUUCUGUGUAUUUGAUACUUAAAGUAUAAUCAGAAAGAGUAAGCACAAAAUAAUUGAUAUAAUUUCAACUUUUAUAUUUUCUAGUAUAAUAUUUAACAAAGCAUUCUGUAACUUCUCUAAACCUAUGCAGUGUUGAUUACAUUCCAUUUUUUGUUCAUUACUUUAUUCCUGAGUCUUUAAGCAUGAUCAAAUAUUAAAGCUGAUAAUAAAACACUACUCAAAAUGUUACUAAUUUUUGUUUGACCUCUUAAAUUGUAAAGUGCCUAUAAGAGCUUAUUUAUGCCAAGGCAUACAGAUAAAUUUGUGAAAAUAUAUAAUGAUUUAGAUACUUGUUAGAUACCAAAGUUCAGAGUAGCUUUCUUUGAAUAGCAAAAGGUAGAAAAACUCAAAUGUCCAUCAACAGAUAUGUGAAUAUAAACCAGUGUAGUAUUCAGAUACAAUGGAGUAUAAUUCAGCAGAAGUAAAUUCUGCUACGUGCUACAACAUAGAUGAACUUGGAAAAAAUAGGCUAAGUGAAAUAAAUCCAACAUAAAGUUCAUAUAUCAUAUCAUCCCACUUCUGUAAGGUACCUGGAAUCAGCUAGUUCAUAGAAAAGAAAAGGAAAAUAGUGGUUAUCGGGGACUAGGGAAGAGGAAAACUUGGGUGUUUAUUGUUUAAUGAGUAUGGAGUUUUUGUUUGGAAUGAACAAAUUAUGGAAAUGGGUAGCAGCAAUGGUUGUACAACAUUUUUGAAUUUUAAUGCCACUGAAUUAUAUUCUCAAAAAUGAUUUUAAAAGGGCUGCAAAUAUGCCUUAGUGGUAGAGUGCUUGCCUAGCAUUUGGGAAGUUCUGAGUUUAAUCCCUAGCACUGAAAAUGUUUUUUUGGAUGGUAAGUUUUGUUAUAUAUAAUGUCUCCAUAAUUUUAUAAACAUCUAGCAUGAGCAAGAUGUAUUCUCCUAGCAAUAGGUCAUAGAUUCUGAAUUUGUGAAACUCUUAUUAGGUGAUAAAUCUGUUUGACUGUGCUUAAUUCAGUAUGUCCCAAAGUUAUUAUUACCACAAAAGCACUUUAAUAGUAACACAAAUACUUUUUUAAAAAGUCUUCCAUGAGCCUGUUUUUGGAAAUGCUACACUGUUGUGUGUGUGUGGGAAAGGAAUUACUUCUUUUACUUCCGUUUUAAUUACUUAAGUUUCUAAGUUUCUUUUAUAGAAAUAUUUACUUUUAAGUUCAUUCUUUUUCUUUUUGAAAAUGUUGGAAUAUGCUGUUCUUGCUCCAGAUGCCAGAUGUUCAAUUUGUGAAAUCUGAUUGCAUUGUUUACUUAUAAGUUGCACUUUCAAGCUUAUAUAUGUUUUUUAAAUUGUUACAUUUCAGUGAAAAGUUAAAAAGAAAAAUACUUAAACGGUUAAUUUUUGUUAUGUAUAUUUUACCUUAAUAAAAAAUGAAGUAGGUCUGUGUUGUAAAAACAA